CGGCUCACAUAACCGAGUAUCCGCGGAUGCCGGCCCACAUGCUUUUACUCCGGUCCAAAGGACACAUGACACGUCUCAGAGGUGAUCGACAUGUUUCCGGUGGUGGUGGUCCACGGAGGAUCGGAUCAAGUCCCGAAGGAGCGUUAUGAAAAGGCCAAGUCGGGGGGGUGCUCGGCAGCCCGCGCAGGGUACGCCGUCCUCCGGGCUGGGGGCAGCAGCAUGGACGCCGUGGUGGAGGCCGUGAGCCAGCUGGAGAACAACCCUUAUUUCAAUGCAGGGCGUGGGUCGGUGCUAAAUAUCAGAGGGGAGGUGGAGAUGGACGCCAUCGUCAUGGAUGGGAAAACGCUUGGCAGUGGCGCUGUGUCUGCUGUGCGCAACAUAGCCAACCCCAUCCAGCUGGCAAGACUGGUGAUGGACAAGACAAGUCACGUGUGUCUGACAGCCAAGGGGGCCAAUCAGUUCGCCCGGUCCAUGGGCGUCCCCGAGGUACCCCCCGAGUCCCUCGUCACCGAGUACUCCCGCAUGCGCUGGACAAAGAACCGGGCACCCGGCACCGACACCGGGAAGAGCCAAAUGGGCAAGAUGGGCACGGUCGGAGCAGUGGCGGUGGACAGCGAGGGCAACAUGGCAUGCGCAACCUCCACCGGUGGGUUGGUGAACAAGAUGGAGGGACGGGUGGGCGACACGUCCUGCAUCGGGAGCGGAGGUUAUGCUGACAACCAGGUGGGAGCAGUGUCGUCCACAGGCCACGGAGAAGCCAUCAUGAAGGUUACUCUAGCCAGACUCAUCCUGUUCCACAUGGAGCAAGGUCAGUCGGUGGAGGCUGCCAGUGAUUUAGGCCUGGCCUACAUGGAGUCCAGAGUGGGUGGACUGGGUGGAGUGGUGACAGUGGACCCUCAGGGCCACUGGGCCGCUCGCUUCUCUAGCCCGCAGAUGGUCUGGGCUGCCGCCCAGAAAGACACCCUGCACUACGGGCUGCGAACCGGGGAAGACUUCACGCAGAGCAUCGAUGACCCACUCUGACACGAGACACGUCACUUCUCUAGGGUUCAAUCAAGCUUCUGAAACAAGGAUAUUAAAAAUAAUGGUGCUGAUAGUCAAUCAUUUUUUAGUUUUGAUCAAUACUACCAAUAUGUUGUUAUCUUAUUGAUCGUUUGAUGUCUACGUGAUGUCAGACAUCCUGGUCACUGGACUGAACAUGGUUUUAUCAACAUUCAAUCUUCCACAAGCACAUAGACCAAAAGUUGCUUUUAUCUGAACUGUGUAUCGGCCAAAAGUUGCUUUUAUCAGAACUGUCUAUGGACCAAAAGUUGCUUUUAUCAGAACUGUCUAUAGACCAAAAGCAACUCUCUUUAAAGUUUGAAUCAAAAACAAAAAUAGGUCAUACGCAACUGCUUUGGACCAAAAAUGUGAGCCCAACUGGGGUGAAAUGUUCUUUUGCCUACAUUUUACUGCAACCAAGUAGAACUCAAGGUCCAUCUAUAAUUUCCCCCCAUUAACUAUACAACUUUAAAUAGUUAUUUAGUUUGUUGAAAUUUCACCAACCGACUUUCAUACCUGGUAAGAAUUUAAAUCGCCGUAUUUAAUGAGAACAUUGACAAAAAUCCGAGUUCCAUCUUCCAUUAUGAAUAGAAAAUCGGUCAGGCAUGAAUUUUUUUACCCCAGAACUUUUUUUUUUAUUAAGAAUGUUUUCAAUGAUUUUGAAAUGACGUUUACAAAAAUAAUUCCUCUAUAAUAGUAGCCUUGUGUUUCUUGAUUGAUCAUAUCUUGGGUAAAAGUAACGUAUUAUUUGUUCUGUAACAACAGAGCAUCCAUGUGAGUCAGUAUUUGUGAUUCACUGCUGAUCGAAUGAUGAAGCUGAAGCUUUGUGUUAUGAAAACACUGGUUCUUGACCAUGAAUCUCAUCUAAUCCCUGACCAUUGUGAGUUACACGCUUCAUUUACCCAGAAUGCGUGUGUGUGGAGGUGCGCUCCCUCUUGGAGCCACUAGAUGGCGGUGUUCAUACACAAGCCAACUCUUAAAGCACUGACUGAUCAGGUUCAUAUUUGCUCUGCGACGUUAUAAAUUAACUCUCUUUG